UGCCACACCAGAUAGUUCACACCUCUCUCUCUCUCUCUCUCUCUUUCUCUCGGCAUCUCCUUUUUGAAAAGUUCAUCCAUGACCAAAGGUCCGUCUGCAUUCACAAAAUAAAGAAAAAGUAAAGUUCCGUAAUUCAUUGCCAUACAAUUUCAUAUUGUCUUGCUAUGACUAUAUGUGUAAAGUGCUCCACAAUUAUGUUCUGUAUGUUGUUAGGAGACCAUAUAUAUCAGUAGGAAAAUCUAAAAUCAUUGCGAUUGGGAUUGAGGAGGCCAGGUCCAGCUCUUCUCUCUACACAACAUAUGGCAUAUCACACCAGUUUGUUUUCUCACUGCCAAAGCUCCAUGGAUCUUGAAAGCUUUGGAGUUACUGAUUCAGUAAUGGAGUUGCCCUUCUUUUUCGACACCACAUCUAGAAGUGGGUACCUUGAAGAUGCCAUUGCUGACUGGAAAUAUGGUUUCGAGCAGCAACAAGUGCUGCCUCACUCUCCUGAUCGAAUGAAUAGCCACAAUUUGGGGGAUCAAGUAGACCCACUUCUGAAUUUUACCUCUAUGGCAGCCUAUUCUAGUCUUUCAGAAACCAAUGCUGGAGGUGCAGAACAAGAAGCCAUUCACUCUUGUGCGAAGUCUUCUUUACAGAAGGGUGCCAUGUCUAAAAGUUCACACGGCAUAGCUUCCUCAUUUCCGAAGAAGAAGAUAGCUUAUCCAUUUGAUGUAGUGAAGCCUGGAGGAGUUGAAGGAGAUGUAACCCUAAAAGAUAUAAAUCAUCGAAUACUCAUGCGACCAAAAAGGCCCAUUCCACAUCCGGUGGGUGACUAUGCAGCUCAUCCCUGUGCUUCUCCUGCCAGUGGUUUCGGUAUCUCUGGAAAAUCAGUAGUGGCCCUCACUAAAAUUCACACACAGGGAGGAGGCACCAUCACUAUUGUCAGGACGAAGAGCUAAAACAAAAUUUGCUUCUCACUUCUAUUUGUUAUAGAGCAUUUCAUGCUAUUAUCAUUUGCAUAUAUAGUUUGCAUAUAUGUAGCUAGAACACUAUAUAUUCAUAAUCUCAAGAAAGAGAGUUAGCAAGAGGGUCUCAACUAGCCAUUUGCCUGCUUUUAUUUUAGAAUCAAAUGCUUGGGUGCCAAAAAUGUUUCCAUAUAUGUUGUUAAUAAACAUUAGAGUCUGUCAAAACAAUAA